AUGAGCUUAUCACCACACGUAGAAAAUGCUUCCAUUCCCAAGGGGAGUACCCCGAUACCAAAAAACAGAAACGUUAGUUCUAUAGGCAAGGGCGAGUUUCUUGGAUCUUCGUCAAGCAACAAUUCUUCUUUUCGAAUGAAUCAUUACUCAAAUAGUGGACAACCUUCCGUGUUAGAUUCUAUACGGCGACCUAAUCUAACUCCAACUUUUUCUUACAGUAAUGGGGUUUAUAUGCCUGAAAGUCACAGAACUAGUUCAUUCAACGAUAGUUAUUUGCCAUAUGAUAAGAAUCCUUACGCAAAAACAACCGGAAGCAUGAGCAAUAAAUCGAACAUGAAAAUCAAAACAAAGAAAAAUGCAAUCAACACAAAUACAAGAAAGUCGUCUGGACUCAUUUACACCACCAAAGUGGAUAAAGAAUUAUCUAGUAUAGACAAAGUGAAUGAUCCAAACAUUAACGGUCUUGUUUGUGCAGGUAAAACUCAUUUGGGGCUCUAUAAAUUCUCGCCCUCAGAUAGAUCUAUCAAAUGCGUUCAUGAUUUCAUAACACCUAAUAGCAACACCUCAACAAGGGGAACGACAUCCCUUUUGCCCAAGCUGAGCAAAAGAACAAGACAGAACAAAUUUAGUACCAUUGCGGAUGUUAAGACUGGAUUUAAUAAUUACAAGAACUGUAUUGCAGUGUGCAACAAUUCUACGGCGAUAUCGAUAUAUGAUCUCAAUAAGAGUUCCUCGAUAGACAAUCCCUUGAUAACAUCCUUAUGCGAACACACUAGAUCUAUCAAUAGUUUUGACUUCAACAUGGUCGAAUCAAACCUAAUAAUAAGUGGUGGACAAGAUAGUUGUGUAAAAAUAUGGGAUUUACGUUCCAAUAAAUCUAAAAGCUCAAAUAGAUCUGACAUUAGUAUAAAUACCGCAUCUGACUCAAUCAGAGAUGUAAAAUGGAUGCCCGGUUACAAUUUUGCAUCUAAGAACGAUCAAGGUUCAUCAACGUAUGGUAAUUUAAAAAGCGGUUACAAAUUUGCUUCUAUUCACGAUUCGGGAUACUUGCUAAAGUUUGAUCUUCGACAACCUGCCCAAUACGAAAAAAAAUUAAAUGCUCACACAGGACCCGGUCUUUGUUUAAAUUGGCAUCCCAAUCAAGAAUACAUUGCUACAGGUGGUAGAGACGGUAAAUGCUGCCUCUGGUUUGUUGGCGACAAUGCCAAUGCCGCCGAAAAUACAGUCCUCAAUUACGGGAACUCUCCCUCGUUACAUGCCCCCAAUACGUCCUUGAACAAUAGCGGCUCGCUGGCAUUUCCCAAACUAACAAUUAAUACGGGCUAUCCAGUCACUAAAUUGAAGUUCAAGCCUGCUUAUAGUAGUAAUAUAUAUAAUUCAUUACUAGGAAUAUCGUCAAUGGGUGACGAAGCUGAAGUUCGCAUCUAUUCCUUGGCAAGAAAGUACAUUCCAAAACAUGUUCUCCUAUCAGAAACGCCUUCUUUAGGAUUAGUAUGGUGGGACGAAAACUUGAUCUUUAAUAUCGAUAAGGGGACCCGUAUAAAUGGCUGGGACAUUAACAAAGAACCAACAGUGCUCGAAAAUUUGAGCAAAAAUACAACAACUUGGAGAGAUUUGGAUGGUAACGGUUUACUUUCAGUUGACCAAGAGAUAGGCUCAUAUGAGGUGGUAGAACCGGAGCUUCAACCUACCUCAAGUACCACAUGCAAGAAGCAUCCAGGUACAAUAAAAAACCCGAAGAAUGGCAAUCCAGAGAACCAGGGAAUAAUUGGAGGGAUAAAAAAAGGAUUUAGCCAUACUGGAUUAACAAGUUUUACGCCAGAGAGGCCGCCUACUUUAAAAGCAGGCCCAACGUUUAGCACAAAAAGCUUAACAUUAGCAUCUGGAGCAUCUUCUUUUAACAGCUCUUCCGCAUCAUUGACAUCCCUGACGCCACAAACUGAAAAUAGAGAAGAAAUCGCCAUUGAACCGCCUUGUAUCAUCACUUUGGAUAUACCGCAGAUCUUCAAUAACAUAAGAUUAACCAAAAUCGCACAUUCAAGAAAAAAGAACGUCAUUUCCGAAAGUUCUUCUAUGAAAAAUUCUCCAGUAGAAAAGUUCAAAUAUUUGGCGAGACAGCUCAAGUUUUCGUAUAUUCGAGAGCAUAAUGUUUCAGACAGUGCAGACACUGCAUAUAAAAAUGAUAUAGAGAACAUUGACGUCGUUAAAAACGCAACCGAAACACAUGGUGAUAAUACUACUACUACCAAUAAUAAUGAUGAUGGUGAUGAUGAUGAUGAUGAUGAUGAUGAUGACAAAAUAAUCGAAAGUCACCUUUUGAAAAAAUACAAUUUUCCAGAAAAUAAUACAUGGGCUACCUUAAUGAAUGAAAAAGUAAAUAACAAAAAAUCCAAAAGAAAUUCCAGUAGUUCGAGGGAGUUUGACGAGAAGGAUGUCAGAUCAAGUAUAUCUUCCAUUUCUGCAAGUAGGCAAAGUCAUGACAGAGCUAGGAAGAUCGACAAGAACGUGGAAGCAGAACUGCAAGAAAAAAUACAAACACUGGUAGAUUUGAUAUCUAUUGCAACGCAUAACGCAUCUGUUUAUCUAUCCAUAGAUGAUCUAACCAACUUCAAAAUCUGGAUCUUGAUAAGAGAUUCAUUGUUAUGGGACUUGAAGUGGAUGACCUCCUCCCAAAUUUCAUCAGAUAACGCAUCUAAUAUGGAUGCCAAUGAAAGCUCCGAUUUCGAAGCUGGAGAAAAUCUGAAAACAGGAAAAGAGUUCCCAGAGGAGGAUGGUGCAGGGACAAGUGGGGCUGAGUCGUUAGUUGAAGAAAGGCCGCAGGCAUUUCGUGCUAACUCUGAUGAACCAAGUGAUGCCGAAAAGAAACCUGUUUCUAAGCUCAAAGAGCAGCUCAAAAACACGGAAAUAAUCCCCUAUGCGCAGCCAAAUGAGGAUUCAGAUGAAGUUUUAACUAAGCUAAAAGAGCUACAGAACCAACGCUUGGAGUCAAGGACUAAAAUGGGAGAAACAGUGAGUGACGAUGUGAUUAUAGAGGAAGACGAACAUGAACAUCAAGAAGAAGAACAGCCUCAUGACUCACCGACUAAGUCAGCACAAUUUCACGCGUCUCCUAUCGCGAAAAGUAUACCAAUAUUGCAGAAACGUGAGCACCGCAAGUCAUUCAUAGAUACUUUCAUGUUGCAUUCUCCCAACGGUUACAAUGGAGAUACGGACAUAGGUAACGAAGAUGACAAUAUAUCUCCUAGGUUUACUUACAACAGCGUAAGCCCACGCAGUAAGGUUUCGUCGCUACAAAGCUAUGCCACAACAACCUCGCAACUAGAAACUUUUAAAAAGCUUUCUUCCCAUACAGCACCAAUAAUCGGAUCGCCCAGACAUGCGCCAUCACGGCCAGAUAGCAUUGGUAGGGAACAACUGUCUUCUUCAUUGACGAAAAAGCUUGCCAAAUGCAAGAAAAUUAUCGCUGACCCACCCUGGGACACGAAAAAACUCAUCAAACAACUCUACAAUCAAGCUACUGAGACUGGGAACGUCGUAUUGACGGUGAAUAUUUUAUUUCUUUUCCAAACGAUAUACCAAAUAACAGAAAUCGACAUUGCAAAGGACGCAAUCGCUCACUUCUUGUUAUUAUUACAUCGAUACGAACUCUUCGGCAUUGCUGCAGACGUCUUAAAAUACUGCCCAUUCGAAGAUAUCAUGGGUUCUGAGGGUGACCAAUCUUCCAUUCGGUUGUUUUGCGAACGCUGUGGUGAGUUAAUCACUAACGAAAGUUCUAAAGAAAAGCUCAGAGCGGAAGCUCAGCAGACGGGCAAUAAGAAGAUCAUGGACAAGUUUGGAUACUGGUAUUGUGACUCUUGUAAGAAGAAGAAUACAUCUUGUGUUCUAUGUGAAAGACCAUUAAAGAAACUGACCAUGGUCAUCCUCCCCUGUGGACACGAAGGUCACUUCCAGUGCAUACAAGAAUGGUUUCUCGAUGAGAAUGAACAAGAAUGUCCCGGCGGUUGCCCCGGUGUUGCAUUCAUCUAG